CCGUCUGCGACAGUCCCUCAGACGGCAUCAUGGCGGCACCUAAUGGGAGGAAGCGUGGUCUCGAACAUCUGGACGAAUAUGAACCCAAACCAGCCAAACAUCUCCGCAGCCUGCACGACCGUAUGGCCGAGCGGAGACUGGUCGUCAUCCUGGAGGGAGCGUCGUUAGAAACGGUGAAGGUCGGAAAAACAUUUGAGCUGUUAAACUGUGACCAGCACAAAAAUAUUAUCGUCAAAAGUGGAAGAGAUCCAGGACACAUAAGACCAGACAUCACUCAUCAGUGUCUGCUCAUGUUGAUGGACAGUCCACUGAACAGAGCAGGUCUGCUGCAGGUUUACAUCCACACAGAGAAAAACGCCUUAAUAGAGAUCAACCCACAGACCCGCAUCCCGAGAACCUUCACCCGCUUCUGUGGCCUCAUGGUUCAGCUGCUGCACAAGCUGAGCGUCAGAGCCGCCGACGGCCCACAGAAACUUCUGAGGAUGAUUAAAAACCCGGUGUCCGACCACCUGCCGCCCGGCUGCCCUCGCAUCAGCACCUCCUUCUCUGCGGGAGAGGCUGUCUGCCCCCGAUCUCUGGUGCCAGAGGGACCAGCUGCAGUGGUGAUCGGAGCAUUUGCACAUGGAGCGGUGAAUGUGGACUACACAGAGAAGACUGUGUCGAUCAGUAACUACCCGCUCUCUGCCGCACUGACCUGUGCUAAGAUGUGCUCGGCCUUCGAGGAGGUGUGGGGUGUCCUGUGACAAACACUUAUUGGACUACUGAUGAGACAGUAGACCCCAUGGACAUUUUUUCAGUGGACUAAGAAUGGAUGUGAUGGAAACACUGCACCAAAUGUUUGUUUCUCCAAUGAGACCAUGUGGACUACAGACACGUGGUAUGAUGCUGUUUGGCCAACACUUGGAAUAUACAUAACUUUUUGUACCCAGUCCUCUCUCGUCUUGUAGAAGCAUGACUUGUACCAUUACCAAUUGUUGAAACCAAUUCCUGGAGCUACGGAUCUCAACACAGUUCCAUUAAAAUGUUUGAUUAAA